CAGCGUUAAACGCGGAUUUGCUAUGAGAGUGUCAAUACUGUUCGUCUGUUUUGGAUUCAUCGCUUUGGCUACUGCCAAUUUCGUUACACAAGUCGGUCCACCUGGCCCGCCAGGACCGCCGGGCUUACCUGGUCCACCAGGACCAAAAGGUGAAAAGGGCGAACGUGGCUCGGAAGGACGUGCUGGUUUGGUCGGACCGCAAGGCGCGUCUGGACGACGUGGUCACACUGGCAGCCCAGGUGUGGUAGGACCACCAGGAGCACCAGGUUUACGUGGCCCACGCGGUUAUGACGGUGAACGUGGUCCUGACGGCCCAACCGGACCAACGGGACCAACAGGUCCAACUGGAACAUAAAUAAAUCAAUUAUUUUUGGUAUUUUAUUGGACUUAGAACUAAAACGUUACUUAUGAAAUAAAAUUUGUGAAAAUAAAUGUAAAGCAUAUCAG